ACCAUAAACCAUAAACCCGUAACCACCCACCAACCACCAUAUUGAAAAAUAAAUUAGUUUAUCGAUGAUGUGAAGUAUGAGCAAGUAAUAGUGAUUUUUUGGUGUGAAAAUUGAUGUAUAUUAGUAAAAAUGUCUGGAAAUUUCGGGAUGCAACAAUUAAUACCCAUAGUGAACAAAUUGCAAGAUGCAUUUGUUCAUAUGGGCGUGCACAUGUCCUUAGAUCUUCCACAAAUUGCUGUUGUGGGUGGUCAAUCCGCUGGAAAAAGUUCCGUGCUAGAGAAUUUUGUCGGCAGGGAUUUUUUGCCCCGUGGUUCUGGUAUAGUCACUCGGCGCCCCCUAAUUCUGCAACUUAUCAAUGGAAAUGCAGAAUACGCGGAAUUCCUCCACUGCAAGGGCAAGAAGUUCACAGACUUCAACGAAGUGCGCGUCGAAAUCGAGGCGGAGACGGAUCGCAUCACUGGCUCCAACAAGGGCAUCUCCCCGGUGCCUAUCAACUUGCGUGUUUACUCGCCUAAUGUACUGAACCUGACGCUCAUCGACUUGCCGGGUCUGACCAAGGUGCCCAUCGGAGACCAGCCCAUUGACAUCGAGCAGCAGAUCAAAGGCAUGAUCUUCCAGUUCAUAAAGCGAGAGUCGUGCCUGAUCCUCGCUGUGACGCCGGCCAACACCGACUUGGCGAACAGCGAUGCCCUCAAACUUGCCAAAGAAGUGGACCCGCAAGGUCUGCGUACCAUCGGUGUUAUCACAAAACUGGAUCUCAUGGACGAAGGGACUGACGCUCGAGAUGUGCUCGAGAACAAGUUGCUGCCCUUGCGGCGCGGAUACAUCGGCGUCGUGAACCGCUCACAGAAGGACAUCGAAGGACGAAAGGAUAUCCAGGCCGCGCUUGCUGCUGAAAGGAAGUUCUUUCUAAGCCACCCCUCCUACCGGCACCUCGCGGACCGGCUCGGCACGCCGUACUUGCAGCGCGUGCUGAACCAGCAGCUCACCAACCACAUCCGCGACACGCUGCCCGGCUUGCGGGACAAGCUGCAGAAGCAGCUGCUCACGCUCGAGAAGGAUGUGGACCAGUACAAGCACUUCAGGCCCGACGACCCCUCUAUUAAGACCAAGGCUAUGCUACAGAUGAUCCAGACACUACAGACAGACUUCGAAAGGACGAUCGAAGGUUCGGGAUCAGCACAGAUCAACACCAACGAGCUGUCGGGAGGUGCCAAAAUCAACAGGCUGUUCCACGAGAGGUUCCCCUUCGAAAUCGUCAAGAUGGAGUUCGAUGAGAAGGAACUGCGCAGGGAAAUCGCGUUCGCCAUUCGGAAUAUCCAUGGUAUCAGAGUGGGUCUGUUCACACCGGACAUGGCUUUCGAGGCGAUAGUAAAGAAACAAAUCGCGCGACUAAAAGAACCCAGUCUCAAGUGCGUCGAUCUUGUUGUACAAGAAUUAUCUAACGUUGUCCGUGUUUGCACAGAAAGGAUGUCGCGCUACCCGCGGCUGCGCGAGGAGACGGAGCGCAUCAUCAUGUCGCACGUGCGCUCGCGCGAGCAGCAGUGCAAGGACCAGCUCAUCCUGCUCAUCGACUGCGAGCUCGCCUACAUGAACACCAACCACGAGGACUUCAUCGGUUUCGCCAAUGCCCAGAACCAAUCAGAAAAUGCAGCUAAAUCAGGCCAACGCUCACUCGGCAACCAGGUCAUCAGGAAAGGGUACAUGUGCAUACACAAUUUAGGGAUAAUGAAAGGUGGUUCCCGGGACUACUGGUUCGUGCUGACGUCAGAGAGCAUCUCGUGGUUCAAAGACGAGGAAGAGCGCGAGAAGAAAUACAUGCUGCCUCUCGACGGCCUCAAGCUGCGUGAUCUCGAACAGGGCUUCAUGUCGCGGCGACACAUGUUCGCGCUGUUCAACCCGGAGGGACGGAACGUGUACAAGGAUUACAAGCAGCUGGAGCUGUCUUGCGAAAACCAAGACGACGUAGACUCUUGGAAAGCUUCCUUCCUCAGGGCCGGAGUCUAUCCCGAAAAGACUUCUGAAGCAGCGAACGGUGACGAGAGCUCAGAUACGUCAGGUACGAGCAGUAUGGACCCCCAGUUGGAGCGGCAAGUGGAAACCAUCCGCAACCUCGUCGAUUCGUACAUGCGAAUCGUGACGAAGACCACUCGCGACCUCGUGCCGAAGACCAUCAUGAUGAUGAUCAUCAACAAUGCCAAAGACUUUAUCAACGGGGAACUCCUCGCGCAUCUGUACGCGUCCGGCGAUCAGUCGCAAAUGAUGGAGGAGUCGCCGGAAGAGGCUCUCAAGCGCGAGGAGAUGCUGCGUAUGUACCACGCGUGCAAAGAGGCGCUGCGGAUCAUCGGCGACGUGUCCAUGGCCACCGUUAGUACACCCGUGCCGCCGCCCGUCAAGAACGACUGGCUCGAGAGCCGCCUCGACUCCAACCCGCGCCUCUCGCCGCCCUCACCCGGCGGCCCGCGACGAGCUGCGCCUGCGCAACAAGGUUCCAUGGGGCAGCGAGGAGCGCCGCCCGUGCCCGGCGGCGGCGCGGGGCGGCCGGCGCCCCCGCUACCGUCGCGGCCCGGCGGCGGCGGACCCGCACCGCCCGCCGGCCGGCCCGCGCCCUCGCAGGGCCUGCCCGCGCCGCUCAUACCCACGCGACCGGGCUCAGCUGCGGGCGCCGCGGUCGGAGCCAUGAACCAGUUGCCCCCACACAUGAGGCAGCAGAUUAACCAGGCGGUGGGGCAGGCGGUCACCAACGCCGCCAUCAGCGAACUCAGCUCCGCCUUCGCCAAGUUCAAGUAAAAAUACAAUGCUCUGGACCUGUGCACUUUGACCUGAGGGUUGUUUCUUGCUCCAUUGGCAAUACAAUAGAGAGUAAGGUGCUUUGCAGUAACCACACAACGAUUUUGAACGAAUGGUUACAAGUUUUUUUAAAUAAAUUUUAACUUUAACAGAGGAUUCUCCGUCACUCGCUCCAUCCAAGCGUAGUUUGGUUUUCCAAACUCGAUGUAGUUUUGUAAACACGUUCUAGAAACUAAUGUGUGGUUUGCCAGAUUUCCGUUAAAAUAACUAAGAGCCAAACUUAUGCUUUUGUAUGGAGCUAGUGACGCAGAGAACCCCUCUUAAUGUGUCUGUUUUGAUCUGUUCGAUGAAACAAUUGGAUUUAACGAGUCAUAAGAAUAUCUUUAAAAUUGUAGAGUAGACUUCUGAUACUUAUUUAAUGACAUCAUCUACACUUUGCAGACAUGUAUAUAACCUAGCUGUUUAAAGUAUGAAUUAAAAUAUGCAAUGUAAACUUAAUUCAUUAUCGUCAUCGUCUACCCAUAGACGAAAAAAAAGCCAAAAGAAUAAUAGAUAGAAAUAAAUUAAAUUAAAAUUUAAAAAAAAAAAACCCGUUGGCUAUGUCGGUUACUCUGGUUCUCCCACGGAUCCUAUUUCAGACUUGAUUCGUAGAGAAACUCCAAGAAUAGCUCUCUCCAUUGCCCGCUGAGUGACUGAGCAUUAUUAUAAGGCCUAUAGUUUGCGACUAUGUCUCGUAAACUUAAUUAUUGAAAACAGAUUAUUAUAGACACAACUAAUAGGAAUUAUUGCUUUCAAAAUACAAUGAUAAAAUAAUGUUGCCAAAUAAUCGAAUUUAAGCAAAUGUAUCAAGAAACAAACCGAAAAGGAUCAAUACUUUUGGAGAGUGUGCUUUCGCCUAAUGUCCUGAAAUAUGUACUGUCUAACUUUGUUUUUAAACGUAACAGGUGUGUUAAUUAAUUAAUUAAUACCUAAUAUUCUUAAUGUACAUUAUAACUCCAAGUUUACGCUUAUGUUUGUCAACUUAAUAUUGUGCUUCUAAACUAUUAGGCCUACUUGCAUAACGACAGUUAAACUUAUAAAGUUAAAUUAUGUAAUGCUGUCACUUCUUGGCAAGAACAUAAUGCGCUUGC